UUCGCGGGAGGGCCUUUCGCGCGUAAACGGAAUCCCUUCAUUCAUUGUCAGCUUCCUGGAGCCAUUUUUCAGCUGGCAGGACAGGGGCUUGCGUCAGUUUUAAAUCCAUCGCAUCUGCCCGCCCGUACGCUAAAUAUACGACCAAAACGGGCAAUAUCCAUAUAUUAGGUUCUCUGCUAACGUUUGUCAAUGAUAUUAUAGGCCAUACAACGUUGGAUUUGAAGAAAAUUCGCUUCAAAAUAAAGGAGGGACAAAAGGCAAUCGAGUCUAUAAAGAUGAGAAAAGGGAUCUCCUCAGCCCCGGAGAAAGUAAUAAUAACAGGGGUUGGGAGCUCUUCGCUGGACAAAAAUACUAUUUUAACGGCAUUGUCAGACCGAUUUACUUCAACCGCUACAUAUAUACAAAUUAUCACCCCGCCGUCCUGUAUCACACAGACUUCAAAUGUCUGUGUGUCCGACCCUCCAGCUAGCAAUAUAUAUACCACUCCUCACGGAACUGCGAACGCAACUGGACAACGAUCUGCAUUAGGACGUCCUCUGGCGAAGCGGCGGCUGCAGCUGGACGAGACUGACCGCCAGUCCCCCAGCGAAGGAGCCAAGACCCCCAAGGGCAAGGGCGGAGCAUCUGCGCCCGGCCUCAGGAGUCCCAGAACUCCGAAGUCCCUGUCAGAGAAGACGCGCUACGACACGUCCUUGGGUCUGCUGACCAAGAAGUUCCUGAAGCUCCUCGGUCAGUCGGCGGACGGAGUGGUAGACCUCAACCGGGCUGCGGAGGUCCUGAAAGUCCAGAAGAGACGCCUGUAUGACAUCACAAAUGUGCUGGAGGGUGUCCAUCUCAUCAAGAAGAAAUCAAAAAACAACAUUCAGUGGAUGGGCUGCAGCCUCUCGGAGGAUGGGACCACGCUGUCGCAGUGCCAGGGCCUGAGUGCCGAGGUGGACGAGCUCAGCCGCCAGGAGAAGAAACUGGACGAGCUUCUCCAGAGCUGCGGCCGGGAUGUGCGGCAGAUGACCGAGGACACGCACAACCAGAGGCUUGCCUAUGUAACGUACCAAGACAUCCGGCGGAUCCGCAGCCUGGAGGAUGAGACUGUGAUUGUGGUCAAAGCUCCUUCAGAGACUAAGCUGGAGGUGCCUGAUCAGCAGGAGAGUUUGCAAGUGCAUCUUACCAGCACCAAGGGGCCUAUAGAUGUCUUCUUGUGUCCGGACGAGAACGCACCCGACAGUCCGACGGCGAACAGAGUCUUUGACGUGAAUGGAAACUCCUCCCCCUUUGUAAAAGUCCAAGAUGAUGGUGCCAGCAGCAGCAGCAGCAGCACCAAGCCUGGAGAUCCACACUCAGCCGUGGUGGUCUCCAACCUCUCACCCAUCAACUCGCCCUACACCUGCCUCUUGCAGCAGACCGAGGACCAGAUGCCCUUCGUCAGCCUGUCUCCGCCCCUCCUCAACGACGACUACUUGAGCCUGGGCGACGAGGGGGGCAUCUGUGACCUCUUCGACGCCUACGAUUUGGACAAACUCCCGCUGGAUGACCUUCUCAGCAACUGAUGGGGAGAAGAAGGGUUGGGUGGAGGGGGACUGUCCCAGGGCAAGACGAGCCCAGCAAGGGCGAUUUGGGACCUCCUGCUGCUUUAUUUGUUUUUAUUAAAGGGUUCUUUGGCUUGGCACAUCAGUCCUUGGGCCCACAGAAUGGAUUGCCUUAAACAUGUCCAUCUUGGAAUAAUUGUAUUACCAGUUGGACAUGUGAGCUGCCUUGCCCCACCCACCCCCCACCCUCUCCAAACAUACGUUUCAGGCCAUGGGUGUCCAGUGGCAGGAUAUUUUUCCAGCAUACUGGGGGUAAGGGUGGAUGGUUUAUACUUAGGCACUGAGGGAAUGACCUGCCAUGUCUUAUUUUAUUGCUGUUACUCUUUAAUAUAGUGCCCUGUGAUUGAUGUGCUGGGUGUUCUGCAAUUUGGCUGGACUGCAGUCAUGUGAUCCCCGCAGAGGACAGCACACUGUAGUCAGAAUGGGUGUGUCUAGCGCCUCCUGUUGGGGUGUGCUACAAAUGGAAUAAGCCGGCCAUAUAUAUUCCACAAAGCUUCACAAAAAUUUGGAGGUAAUUCACCACAAGUGUAUAGAUGUGUGUAUGUGUUUAAUUGUCCCUGAAUGUAAAAAUCUGUCUGAGGAAUUAUUUCUCACUGCAGAAAUGAAACUGUUUAUAGGCAUUAUCUAGUUCUUGGUCUGUUCUCUAUUCUGAUCAGAGGACCACCAGUGUGCUCUGUUCUCCUCCCCAGAUGAGUCAGUAGGUUGGUAUUGUUGCAGAGUCACUGCUGUUUUUUUAUUUUGGAAAAGCAGUGUAAAAUUUCCCUGUUUCUUUCACACCAUGCCUGAAGUGAUUUUGUGUGUGCAGCAAGACAUAGGAUGCCAAAAAUGCCAUUAGGAAUUUUUCCUGGGAUUUCUGUGCUUCACGUAGAUUGAAGCUGAAACUAUUGGUAGUUUGAGGUGUGAAUGUUUAGUCUUGUCCCAUGAUUCAGUGCUGACACCAACCAUUUUUUCCUUUCUCACCAUCCUUGUUGCAUUUACAGUUACUCUUUAACUUUUAUAUAAAACCUUUAGUAUAUAUUGUGAUUAUUAGUGGCGUGAGGUGUGGAAUGACUUUUUCUUGGCAGCCAAGCACAAAUUGUUUUAGCAGAUUUAGUCUUCUAAAUUCUAAAUGCAACACAUGUCUGAAUUUUUUAUGUUGCCAGCACAGGUGAAACUAAAUCACCUUUGUAGGCCAGUCUUGGGUUUCUGUGUAUGAAUGGGGGUUUCUGUUUUCCUGGGCUGCUCAUAGAAUGGUGGGAAGUGUCUGACUUGCUCCCAUCGUGGUGUUACCCUGCGUGUGGAUGUGAAGCAUGAGAGGGGUUUCGAUGGCGCCGUCGCCCCCUGCUCCUGCUGUUCAAGUUCGAACUGCCGACACCAGCUGACGGACCCUAUGAAGGUGCGCAGACCGCUCUAUUGGCUGGGCUUCGCCUCGGCGUCUCGAGUGUUUUUGAAAUGCGCGCUGAUUUUGGAUGCACUUUACUCCUCCUUCUCCUCCCCUGAAUUCGUGCGACAGGCCUCCAUGUUUUAUUGGUGGCUUCGUUUAGGCGGGAGGCAGGGCAGAGUUGUAUUGAAGGAAUGUUGGAAUCUUUCCGCCCGGGUUUUUUGCGAGAAGGGUCUCUGAGACCUUUCUUCUGAGUGACAAAGGGAUUUGCUUGCUGUGCCGCUGAACCUGUGCUGUUCUCGUCGGCUGAAAACCUCAGGACCUUGGGUGUAGUUCUGCCUGUCAGUUCCUUUGCGGAAACUGUUGAUCAAGAAAAAAACGCAUUUGAAACUUCAAAAACAAAAAUGUACAAUUUCCUCAAUGUUAUGGGCCAUAAUUGUAAUUGAACAGUGCCACAGUGUCUGUCAGGUUUCAAAUUCAAAGCUUUAUGGCUUGUAGUAUGAUUCCCUGUACCUUAUUUUAAUGCUCAUUAGGUACUGUAGACUACCUCUGAAACAAGGUAUUUGUCAAGUUUUUUUAACUGUCUGCGCUUGAAUGAAUAGAUCACUUUUUUGAUAUUAUGUUUUAAUUCAAUGUUGACUAUUCUUGCUAGCUUAAGGCAACUGUUAUUCAGCAUUUGCCUUUGACCAUUGUAAAUAUAUUUUCACCCUCCUCCCCACACAUACAUGAGAAUUUAUCAGUUCAAUAUUAUGAUUUGAUUUUCUGUUUGAAAUAGAAAUUGGUAGUUCGUAAUGAGAUUUCUCCCCCCCCCCCCCCAGCUCUGAUUCUUUCAAAGUGUGUAUAACUUUAAACCACUGUCUUGUAUAGCUAUGUUAAUUAUCAAGGAUAUAAAUGUCCAUCUUAAAUAUGUUUCAUUAUGGAACCUGAAAGGGAGGGGGUGGGAGGGAAACUGGGAGCGUUUUGAUGCUUCCAUGAACUUUUGAGUCUGGGUCAUAGUGUAUAAUUUAAAUUUAGCUGCCUUUUUUGUGAGUUUUGUGUGUGGGUGUAUGUGUAAGUUAUUGCAUAUUUUACAUGCAUAUUGAAUUGUGUGAGGAGCCCACUGCCCCAAAAGUAGAACAUGAUACCUAUUAUAUAGCACCAUGUUUGUGUCAGAUCUUGAGAACGUACUGAAUUAUCACUGUUGUGUGCAUGUCCAAACUCCUGUGCUCAGAAAUUGUGCCUUCGUUCAACUUUAUUCUGUACCAAAUAUGCAGUAGGAAAACCCAAACCUUUUGUCACUGUGCUUCUUUUGCAAGUAGAAGAUAAAAUCUGUCAGUAGGUUUUCCCAACAUAGCUAUUUUGCAAAAUUAUUUUUGUAUGUGUGGCAUGUCACAUUUAUAAUCAUUUCAGUGUGCAUUUGUAAUGCACACUUUUCCACUUUUGAUAAAAAGGAGAAUUGGGUGUUGCUGGAUUGUUCACUGUUUGACAAAAUCAUAAUUCUUCACAGUUGUCAUCCUGUAUGGCGAACCUUUUUAAAAUUGUGUCUUAAUGGUGGAUGAUAUUGUAAUAUACCAUGUACUGUUCCAUCAAAGCCACCAACUACAUGUAAAUGUAUUCUCUUGUGUAUGGCUUUUAUUAUCUGAUACAGAUUGUUUUGUCUUGUGUUGUACUAGAAUACCCAUCUUACUGGAAAUCUUGUUUCAUGUCAUUCUGUUUUGUUUUCAAGUUAUGACCUUCACACUGAGGUGCAAAUAGUUUUGAACCUCUGACAUUCAAAGCUUUUCACCUGCUGUCCCAGUCUGCUGGACAUGGAGUUCUGUUUUCUACAGUGGUGGAAAAACAGCUUCAUGAAAACCAGAACUGGAGGAACAAUGAUAUGAGGCUGCCUAAUCAUUAUGUUCCUUUCUGAUUGGUUCAAAUGUCUCAGUGAUUGGCAGCUUGUUUUUGCCCCGCCCACAAAGGCAGUAGUGUCAAACUUGUGUCCUGGAGGGCUGCACAUAUUUGUGGUUUCCUUCGCUCCGCAGCCAAAAAAGGCCUUGAGAACAAGGCGUGUAGAUUCUUUAGCCAUUCAACAGCUUGAAUCGAUGAUGCUGAAAUACUGAAAAUCUGCAGUCGCUGUGUUGCUCCAGGACUGAAUUCUGACAUUUGCGUAUGGGGGGAGUCCAAAUACCUUGUUUUUCCCCUCACUUGUUUUAUGUCUGCAUUUUCAAGUGGGGAAAGGUCUACAUUAGUCACUUUAAUUCCACAUAGCCUAGACAGUUGCAGUUCUUAUGUUUUCAAGGGCAAUGCAUUGUAAAACAAAUUCAAUUUCAUAUGAUGUAUUUGAUUAGAGCAAAAGAGUAUGCUUUUGUCAAGAACCUAUUUCAUUAAUGUUCACUGGAAUGUUUGGCCUUCAGAAACCUAAGUGCUUUAGGUGUUGAAUAUGCAGUUGCUACAAUUAUUUCAUCAUACAAAAAUGCAAGAUCUGUGCCUAUUUUACUUCCUUAUUCACUGCAUUGUUCCAAAAUCUGAUUUUUCAAAAGCUCAGUCAGUCCCCACUAUUUUAUCACACUGCCAAGAGUGAUUAGGAGAAAGAAUGGAGAGUCAAGAUUUUACAAAAUCCAGAUAUGACACAGGCCUUACUUAAAUUUUCUUUUCUGGUGUGUGUGUGUGUGCAUGAAAAUAUUUUGUGAGUUAAAUGAAUGUUGGGAAAAUAUGUAGUUCAUUUUAUAAGUGUGAAAUGUGUAUAGAAUUUAAAUUGUAUAAAAAAAUAUAAAAUGGCUUUGUAUUAUGUCACUGAAGAGCUUUGAUAUAUACUGUGUACAUGUCUGAAAUAUGUGUUCACUACCAUUUCAGACAGCUGAUGGUGAGGUUAUUGUUUUCUAACCUGAAGGUUUGAAAUUCACCAAAACUUGAAUAAAAGCAAUAAUACCUAAA